AUGGGCAGCACAUUAGUGUGGCUGUCCCUAGCGCUGUCAGUGGCGUUUUCUGCCGGACAGGACACAGGGACCCCGGCCACAAAGGAGGACAUCCCGGAGGGGGCAUCCACCCUGGCAUUCGUCUUCGAUGUGACCGGCUCCAUGUACGACGACCUGGUGCAGGUCAUCGAGGGCGCGUCCAAGAUUUUGGAAACAUCCCUGAACAGACCGAAGAAAAAUCUGUAUAAUUUUGCCCUGGUCCCCUUCCACGAUCCAGAGAUUGGACCCGUUACAAUCACAACAGACCCCAAAAAGUUCCAGGAUGAGCUGAGAGAGCUGUACGUUCAGGGAGGUGGGGAUUGUCCAGAGAUGAGCAUUGGCGCCAUUAAAAUUGCUUUGGAGAUCUCCUUGCCAGGAUCAUUUAUUUAUGUCUUCACGGACGCCCGUUCCAAAGAUUACAAGCUGACCCAUGAAGUCCUGCAGCUCAUCCAGCAGAAGCAGUCACAGGUGGUGUUUGUGCUGACCGGGGACUGUGAUGACAGGACUCACAUCGGCUACAAGGCUUACGAGGAGAUCGCCUCCACCAGCUCUGGGCAGGUCUUCCAUCUUGACAAGAAGCAAGUCAAUGAGGUUCUGAAAUGGGUGGAGGAGGCGGUGCAGUCAUCUAAGGUCCACCUGCUGUCUACUGAUCACAUUAGUGGGGCCAGCAACACUUGGCAGAUACCCUUUGACCCCAGCCUGAAGGAAGUCACUGUGGCCCUCAGUGGCCUAGCACCUAACAUUGAGAUAAAGAACCCCCAGGGGAAGCUGGUGGGAAAGAGUGACGGCCUGACUGAGCUCCUGCACAUUCCCAACUCCGCCAAAGUUGUCAACAUCAAGGACCCAAUGCCUGGGAUGUGGUCUAUCAAGACCUCUAGUGAAGGAAGACACUCGGUUCGCAUCUCAGGUCUCAGCCCCAUUGACUUUCGAUCCGGAUUCUCCAGAAAGCCUACCCUGGACUUCAAAAAGACCUCCAUUAGGCCAGUUCAAGGAAUUCCUACUUACAUCCUGCUGAACACCACCGGGCUCUUACCUCCUGCUCGGGCCGACAGGCUAGAGCUCCUGUCAAUCAAGGGUGAAGUGAUCAAAACUUUGCCAAUCCGCUAUUACCCUGAGCGCAAACCAUCAGGCCUCUGGAACAUCACCGAGUUCAUCCCACCCAACCAGGCCUUCUUCCUGCGGGUGACAGGAUAUGACCGCGAUGGUUUCCUGUUCCAGAGAGUCUCCACUGUUUCCUUCUCCAGCAUGAUACCUGAGGCUCCCAAGGUGCUGAUGCCAGCCAUAAGUCGUGGUUACUACCUCCAGAGAGGGGGAGUCCACUGCCAGGUAGACAGCCUGAUCCCCUUCACUCUGCGCUUCAGCCGGGAUGGGAGUAGACUCGGGGAGGAUCAGCUCUUCAGUGAUUCUCACAAUGCAUCAUGGGAAAUAGCCCAGGUAACUCUCAAGGAUGAGGGCUUUUACGAAUGUAUAGCGAUCAACAGUGCCGGGACAGGAAGAGCUCACACCUUCUUGGAUGUAUCAGAGCCGCCUCCAGCCAUCACAGUGGGGGGUAACGUGACCGCGGCCCCCGGCUCCCGCGCUGUCCUCACCUGCCACGUCGUUAGCACCGUCAGCUUCAACCUCACCUGGCUGAGGGGGGGUCACGACGCCCGGCUGGACCCACAGGUCCUCGUCCUGUCCAACCUCUCGUUGCAGGUGAACCCUGUGACCCCAGAGCGCUCGGGCUGGUAUGAGUGUAUCGCUAUAAACGAAGGAGGGGUGAUGGCAGAGCGGAUCUACCUUACAGUGCAAGAGGCGCCCAGGGUUUCGGUAGAGCCUUGGAAUCAAAGCUUUACAGCAGGAGAGGAAAAAAGGAUCAGAUGCUCGGCCAGCGGAUACCCUCCCCCCCGUCUCGUGUGGACCCACAACGACAUGUUCAUCAUGGCCACCAGCAGACACAGGAUGACUCCUGAUGGCACUCUGGUUAUAAGAAACAUGGAGAAAAAGGAUGGAGGAGUGUAUGGCUGCCUGGCCAGCAACCAGGCUGGGACUUACACAGUGACCUCCACCCUUACUUAUAUUGAAUCUCCGGUGGUGACAGUGGCUUUGAGCGAUAUUCUCAUUGGCAUUGGAGAAACCACAGUGAUGGCCUGCUCUGCGUCUGGAAUCCCACAGCCUGACAUCUUGUGGUACAAAGGUGAUGUCCAGCUGCAUUCAUCAUCCUUCUUGGUAGUGGACGCAUUAGGAGGUACUCUGACCAUCAAGGAGACGCAGGAUGUGGAUGCAGGAGAUUACACCUGUGCAGCUGUCAAUGCUGCCGGCACCUCGUCAGCAAAGAUCUCUCUCGAUGUUGGAGCCCAACCCGAGUUCACCCGAGAACCGUCAGAUGUGGGGUCUGAAAUCGGCUCCAAUGUGACCCUGCUGUGCCUCGCCCAAGGUCACCCCGAACCACAGGUCAGCUGGAGGAGAGAGGAUGGACUUCCGAUAUUCAACAGGCGCCGCACACAUGGCACGGUCACACAGAGCACGGGAGCCCUACGUAUCACCAAGCUGUGGGUGGAGGAUGAGGCGGUGUAUAUCUGUGAGGCUCAGAACCACUUCGGCAGGAUCCAGGCCCAGGCCAGAAUCACUGUGACUGGACUGGACACAGAGUAG